AGACUGAAUUUCCAUUCAUUGAAUGAUCAGAUCAUCUGCAAUGCCCGUAUGCAACUACUCAAUGCAUGCUCCAAGUGGCCAGGGUCUACGCAGGACUCAUUCAUUCUGCGCCACAGCAGAGUUGGCCUGCGUCUAGAGGCUGGUGAGAGUGGAGACGGGUGCCUUCUCGCAGAGGAAAUGCGCUACAAUUUGGCGCACGGCAGAACAAGGUCGGUUGUGGAGCGCACCAUCGGACUGCUGAAGGGCAGGUGGUGUUGCCUUGAUGCAUCAGGUGUAAAACUCCUCUACAAGCCAGAGAAGGUGACACGCAUAAUACUGGCAUGUGGUGUGCUCCACAACAUAGCUCUGAGGCAUGGUAUUGAAAUGGAUGUGGAGAUUAGAAUGGACCCCCAAGAGCUUCCAAACCCACCACCCAAUGGAGCACCUGCCCCGGCUGAUGCAGUGAGAAGGAGGCGGCAGCUCAGAGAUUGCUGGUAAGAAACAGAAUGCCAGACAAUAUACAAAGCAUAGGUUUUUUUUAGUCACGUUGUGGAAAACGUUCAACAGUUGCAUUAUGUAAAUGAA